UCCCUGGGCCACCACUACCCUUUCUGCUGGGAUUAUCUCAGGGAAUCGGAGCUUUCUUGCACUCAGUUCUCUCUGUCUCUCUCUGUGUUUCUUCAGUACAUCGCAGUGCACAUUGUGCCGGACCAGAUCCUUCACUUCGGAGGCUCCUCUGAGCCCUGCGCUCUCGGGAGUCUCUCCAGCAUUGGCAAAAUCAGUAAAGAGCAGAACAAAAACUACGCCAAAGUGCUGUUCGACCUGGUGAACAAGCACUUGCACAUUUCCCCAGACAGGAUGUACAUCGUCUUCCAAGAUCUUGAGGGUGCUAAUGUUGGCUAUAACAAAAAUACCUUUGCUUAGGUUCUGACGCAGAACAUUCUUAAAUGAUCAGUUUGAUAUACUGUAUGUUGUAUCUUCAUCUGCAUCAAUGGACCAGAGAGAAGACUCUUAAAAUAAUGUCUUGUUUCUGACUGAACAAUAAAGUAAAUGUAACAAUGUA